GCUUCUCUUAUUUUCUCGGGGAGAUUUACUCGCGCGCGGGAUUAAUUGCCCAGAUAAAAAAGAAAAAACCAAAACACUGGCGGCCAGUCAACUAACCAAAUCACUACUACGUAAUAACUACGCGGAGCAUUUCGACGGGCUUUUGUGGUCGGAAUGUCAUCAAAACCUCAGUACAGUCUUAGCGAGGUGGACGGGGAUCUCUUCUCCGCCCCCAAAACGUAUUCCUUGGCCCAUUGUGUGGGCGCUGAUCUUGCUAUGGGUGCUGGAAUCGCCGUGCAGUUCAAGAAGGUCUACGGCAAGGUGGACGAGCUGCGGGCCCAGAACGCGAGCAGUGGAGAGGUGGCGGUGCUGAAGGAUGACCAGCGGUACAUAUACUAUCUGGUGACCAAGCCCCAAAGCUGGGGAAAGCCCACCUACGAAUCUUUACAGGCAUCUCUAGAGCAGAUGCGCGAACAUAUGCGCAAAAACAACGUGGAUAAGCUGGCUAUUCCAAAGAUUGGCUGCGGAAUCGAUGGCUUGGAAUGGGAAAAGGUCAGCGGAGUGCUGGAGUACGUUUUUGGCCAGGAACCGCUGGAGAUUGUGGUCUACAACUUUGUGCCGCCACAGAGCAAAUAAUGGAAUCCUUUUAGUUUAAUUUGUGCUAUUUACUUCUGAGCUACAUAAUUAUAAACGACUAGUUCCACAUUAUCCGAUUGGAAAA